AUGGUGUGUAAGGAUUUGGUGAGAUUAUAUGGGCAGAGCAAUUGCAAACCUAGCUGUAUGAUAAAGAUUGACUUAAGGAAAGCAUAUGACACAAUAGAAUGGGGAUUCAUUGAAGAUAUGCUCAAGGCUUUUGAUUUUCCUCAAUCUUUUUCAGAUUUAAUAAUGGCGUGUGUAACAACUCCCAUGUUUUCCUUGCUUCUCAAUGGUUCUUUACAGGGGUUCUUUGCAUCAAAAAGAGGACUUAGACAAGGGGAUCCCAUUUCCCCCUUGUUGUUUGUUCUUGGUUUGGAAUACUUGUCCCGAAUUAUGUGUAAGGUGGGGUCUUUACCUGGGUUCAAGUACCAUAAUAAAUGCUCAAAUUUGAAGUUGAAUCACUUAUGUUUUGCGGAUGACCUGAUUAUUUUUUGCAAUGGAGAUUUUGUUUCAAUAAUGCUUAUGUUGAGGGGUUUGAAGUUAUUCUCUUCUUCUUCGGGUUUGCUUCCUAACUCUGAGAAAACUGCCAUUUACUGUCAUGGAAUGUCUGAUGCUGUUGUAGAUAGAGUGCUGGAAGCUUCUGGUUUUUCUCGCAGCCACCUCCCAUUCAGGUUUCUCGGGACACCUAUAUGUUCAAAAAGAAUUUCUGCUGCAGAUUGUAAAUGUAUUUUGGAGAAGAUGCCUAGUAGGAUUCGAUCUUGGAGCACUCGGAAUCUAUCUUAUAUGGGGAGAGUGACUUUGAUCAAUUCAUUCCUUAUCUCGAUACAUUCAUAUUGGGCUCAGAUAAUGAUUCUACCAAAGAUAUUGAUCAAAGAUGUUGAAGCAAUUUGUAGGGCCUUUCUUUGGAAAGGUAUCUCAGACUCUCAUAUACCAGGAUUGAUUGCUUGGGAGUAUAUUUGUUCAUCAAGGGCGGCUGGUGGCUUGGGCUUUCGGAGACUACAUGAUUGGAAUUUGGCUGGCAUGGGAAAGUAUGUUUGGGCAAUUGCCAAGAAGAAAGAUAACCUUUUUGUCAAGUGGAUUAAUAGCGUAUAUCUGCUGGAUCAGAAUUGGUGGGAUUACAAGUGUCCCACAGAUUGUAGUUGGUACUGGAAGCGUUUAGUUGCUGUGAAGGACUGUUUUAAAGAAAAAAUCUCUUAUGAUUCAUUCUUAUCGCAGAGAUAUAAUAUCAAACUCGGUGUAAAUCUGUUGGUUUCUCAAGAAUCUAGAGUGCUGUGGAGGAAAUUUGUUUGGGAUAGAUUUAUUACGCCCAAGCAUCGAUUUAUUAUGUGGUUAGUCAUGUGGGAACGUCUGCACACAAAGGAUCGAAUAGUUAGAUAUAAUUCUAAUAUUGAUCUGGUCUGUUUGCUGUGUGGGGUAGAGAAUGAAGACAUUGACCAUCUCUUUUUCAAGUGUACAUACAGCAAGAGGUGUUUAGAGGCUAUCAAAAGUUGGCUUCAUUAG